GGCCACGUGAUGUGUAUGUCCGGUGCUGAUUCGAACAGAAAGUAGCGAAGCAGUGAGUUGAAUAAAGACACUUAGCACAAAAUGAACACUCGUGGUCUUCGCUCACAGCUGAAGGACAGCAUCCCAGUAGCUGGGCUCUCCCAACAGGCAGAAGGAUAUGGGGUUCCGGACACACUGCGCAGAGGGUUUUCCAGUGUUAAAAAUGAGCUUCUCCCCAAUCAUUCUUUGGAACUCUCUGAGAAAAAUUUCCAGCUUAACCAGGACAAAAUGAACCUUUCCACACUAAGGAACAUUCAAGGACUCCAUGCACCAUUGAAGCUACAAAUGGAGUACAGAGCAGCCAGACAGAUUCAGCGUUUGCCCUUUCUGCCAAGCUCAAAUUUGGCACUAGAUACUCUGAGAGGCACUGAUGAUUCCAUCAGUUUUGAGGACAUUCUUAAUGAUCCUGCACAAUGUGAGCUGAUUGGAGAGCCUCACAUUAUGACAGAGUACAAAUUAGGUCUGCUGUGAGUGUUUGUCACUGGUUGUUUUCACUAUAUCCCUGUAGGUUCAAUUAUGAUGACCUUGUUUUGUUUCUAAUAAAAUAAUCUAAGUAUA